CUGAAUUCCAAAUUAAAUGUGUAUUUUAAAAACAUAAAAAAUAAAACAGGCACACUACUAGACAGCUUUAUGAGCUACAGGAAGUGAUGUAUUAGGCUAACGGGGUGUGUUUGUGGUGAUAUUAAAAUUAGACAAGAGUUUGGUGACGUCACCAUGUUUCACGGAAUUCCGGUGAGCGCAGGAAUGGGCGGAGCCCCUGCCAAUAAGCCUGAACUGUAUGAAGAAGUGAAGCUGUACAAAAAUGCAAGAGAAAGGGAAAAGUUUGAUAACAUGGCAGAGUUAUUUGCUGUGGUGAAGACUCUGCAGGCCCUGGAGAAAGCUUACAUCAAAGACUGUGUGACACCCAACGAGUACACAGGUGCGUGCUCCAGGUUGCUGGUUCAGUAUAAAGCUGCUUUCAAACAGGUCCAGGGGUCCGACGUGGGCUCAAUUGAUGACUUCUGCCGGAAGUACAGACUCGACUGUCCUCUUGCCAUGGAGAGGAUCAAGGAGGAUCGACCAAUCACCAUCAAGGAUGACAAAGGCAACCUGAACCGCUGCAUCGCCGACAUUGUUUCUCUCUUCAUCACAGUGAUGGAUAAGCUGCGUCUGGAGAUCAGGGCCAUGGAUGAGAUCCAGCCAGACCUCAGGGAGUUGAUGGAGACCAUGAACAGGAUGAGUAACAUGCCCCCAGAGUUUGAGGCCAAGGAUAAAGUCAGCCUGUGGUUAUCCACGCUGAGCAGUAUGUCUGCCUCUGACGAGCUGGAUGACUCUCAGGUUCGGCAGAUGCUGUUUGAUCUGGAAUCGGCUUAUAAUGCCUUCAACCGCUUCCUGCACGCCUCCUGAAGCGCUGGGCCGAGGGACUCGCCCGUCUCUCCACUUCCUGUUCUUCAGAUUGGGCCAUGGGGGCGGGGCAUGAGGCAGGGGGCGGGGCGUGGGGCAGGGGGUGGGGCGUAAGAGUGGGGAGUCGACCGUUUCUGUUCUCUGAUCUGUUAAUGUCACAGUGCGGAGGAAAAUGUGUGGCCUUAGUUUGAGUUUCAUGGCCUGUGAUUCAUUCCUCCAAUGAGCAUGCUCCUUCUAAAUACGUCACCUGAAGAGCCCAGAGGAUUGUGGGUAUAAUGGUGAUGUCAUGGAGCCUGUUCUGCUGAAAUCUUUUGUGCUUUUAUAGUAUUUUUUUUCUUUUUCUUCAAAGAACCUAAAUCAUCUGAUCAACUGUUGGGGAAAUGAGUGACUAUUUGGUGACGCUCAUUUCUGAAAAUACUUGAGGAGAAAAUUUUUUUUGUGAACCUGCGAUUUACUCGGUGUAGUAUAUUAAUCAAGAAGUGAUUGUUGAGUAUGUUUUAUAAUCAUAACUGGGUACACACACAUCUUUUCCCCGGGUCCUAACACAAGCUCAGAAGUGCUUGGACCAGCCUGGCCUGGUGGCAAAGGAAACGCAUUUUCCCUCUCUGUUAAUCAUAUGUUUAGUUAUUGUACUGGCAGUGUCUGUGCUGGUGUUAUAUGGGGCUGUGCAGGGCUGUAUUAGGACACGGGGUUUGUCUGACCCAACUGUUUCUCACUCUUCUGCAGCAUCAAAGAACGUCUGUAUUUAUUUUACCUUCUUCUUUGUAAAUAAACAAAGUUUAGUAAAAAUGCAUGUAACCUCUUUUUAGAAAUAAAAAGUACUAAAUGAAAUGAAA